AUGAACUACACGAGAAAGAAGCUAACAUUACUAUUCAAGGGGCACUCCUGGCCUGUGACUUUUGCAGGCAUAGGAAAAGACGGUGCGACGGCCAGAGGCCUUGCUCAACUUGUCGGGAUUCAAAUGCAGACUGUGUCUACAAGGAGUUACCAUAUGACCGGUUGGAUUGAGGAUGCAAGUCCGGCCGCCGUGGCCGAUCGCCUGGCUCGGAUCGAGGCGCUCCUCGAGCAACAGGGCCAGCAGCUGCGGCAGAUGACGAGCGGCUCAACCCCGAACAGCUCAUCUGCCGUUCCUUUUGACUAUACGCAGUCUUCAUCGCCUGUGUUCUCCAAGUUCUCCGAGAAUAACGAGAUACCCUCGUUCCCGCAAGAGCAGGCCGAAACGCCCACCUUUCUGAUUCCAAAGGGACACACCAAUCUGACGACGACGAUAUUGGCUUUGCCUCAGCUACGGGAGCAGUUAGGCGAUUUUCCUAGGGACUAUUUUUAUAGAAUUGAGGAAAACCAGCCCUUGCCUGAGUCUCUCAGAUCUUCACAAACCGACCGCAGAGCAUGGCCUCCUCUACGGCAAGCGGUCGUGAGUAAAUUGUCCGAGAGCUACUUCCGCAACGUUCAUUCGCGCCAGCCACUGCUAAACCUGGGCGAAUUUCAUCUGUGGCAAUCCAAACUUUUAAAGAAGCAGCCGAUAGCCGAUGCAGAAGCUGCUAUUUGUCUCUUGGUUUAUGCGCUGGGAGCCGUUACGACACCCAUGGCCGCGAGUCCCGAUGCGAGCGACGGGGUUUUGGGACUUGGUUUCUUUCGGCCAGCACUGGCUUUGAUCUUGCACGAAUACACAUGGAAUUUCAAACCAGAUCUGGUCGUGGUCCAGGGACUUUUGCUUGCGGGUUCUUACUUUUCCCACUUGGGACGGCCAUUGCAUAGUUGGAGGAUGUCAUAUUUAGCCUCUCAGAGAUUUCUGCAGACCAUAGAACUCCGUCGUAGUGAAGAUGCCGAUGGGGAGUAUCACGAGGCAGAACUUCGUGUAUUCUGGCAGUGCUUCCAAGAAGACUGUAAUAGAGCAGAAGAUUUGGAUGUUAUACGCAGCGGUAUAGAGCCGCUUGGCGACAAGAUGCCAUUACCGCACAGCAUGGAUCCGAGCGACCACGAGGAAACCAUCCACUUGUUUGCAGAGAUUGCGAUUCGCAGACUUCUUAACCGCGUCCACAGCUCUCUGUACAAUCCAGAAUCGGAAAACCACUUUCCUGGCAUGGUCGAUCCAGCCAUAAGCAAGCAAGGUCUGAGUUUGCAGCAACUGCUCACACUCAGCUCAGAACUGGACCGGCAGCUGGAGGAGUGGUACGUUUCAAUCCCCGAUGUAAUUCGCCCCCCGCGUGGCGUCGAGCCCAUCCUAAACGAACGUGGCCGCAUCUUGCGCAUCCGCUAUUACGCCGCCCGACACAUAAUCCACCAGCCUUUUGUUCUCUACGCGGCAGCGCAGCAGUCCCGGGCCACUUCGAUGUCAUCGGCCCAGACGUCACCAGGCCGUGCAGCACCGGCGCCACCGCCUUCUCACUCACCACCACCAACGGACGGUCUUUUGCCGCAGGUCGUUGUGGAAAAGUGCGAGGCAUGCAUUGAGUCAUGCGUUACCUUUCUGUACAAUAUGAUCGAGCAACUCGAUCAGCGCUCGUGCUGCUUGUGGUCUGCAUCGCAGAGCUGCCUGGCAUGUUUUCUCGUAUUGCUCUUGGCGGAGAGCUGUCCGCAGUUGCAGCACUUUGUACCACCUAUGCGAGGCUUGCAAAAAGCGGCCAUUGGAAAACUGGGAAAAUGGGCAAUCGAGUCUUCGAGUUUUGAGGCUGUUGUCGCCAUUAUGAAGAAGCUGGUGUUUAGGGAGGUGCGAAGCAUGUAG